AUGGAAAGCACUGCAAUUAGCAGUGAUGAAGAAGACGCACUGUCACUAUCUGAUCUGCCAUUGGAGAACCAAGUUCAACCAAGGAAUGAAGAAAAUGGUGAACCCCAAGCAUUUAAAUCUGAUGAAGAUUUCAACUUUGGCUCAUUAACAGACCCACAAAUGUGUUCAGCUGAUCAGGUCUUCUUUAAAGGCCAGAUAUUGCCCCUGUGGGACUUGGUUUGGUCUGACAGUGGGUGCCGGUGGUCAGAGUCCAUGGACCAUGGUUCAUUAAGUGGCUUCACAAGUGUUAUCAGCAGUAAUAAUACUACUAAUUCCAUCGCAGUUUCAAAUUCCAACUCCAAGUCUAUAAAUUUCAGAAACAAGCUCAGCACAGAUCCAAGUCCCAAACCGCAGGUAAGCCUGUCGAAAACUCGACCAGUCAAUGUCGGAAUUCGAAACCAGACAUGGUCAAUGUGGGGGUUUUUCAGGAUAGGUGUGGUUCGAGCACCCGUACUAGAAUUGCAAGACUUGAAAGUUCGUAGAAAUACAGUGAGCCGAAACAGUAAGGUUGUUAAAAACAAGAAAGUUGGCCAAGUUUCAAAGAAGCAACAAGAUUUAAACAAGGGUUUCAUAGAGAAGAGAAUAAUGGGGAUGUAUAGUGGAUGUAAAUGCUCAGCUAAUGUAGUUGAAACAGUUCCGUUGAACAACGUAGUUUUCAUCAAACGUAGCAAAAAGGGUGAGAAAAAGAACGCAAUAUUGGUUUCUGCCAUGGAAGAGAAGAAACUGCAGCAUGAAUUGAAGAUGAAAAAGAUGAAAGAGAAAGAGAGAGAAAAGUAA